AACGUUUCGUUUUGUGUCUGUAGCCAUGCUUGUGGACUUAAAAAUGUUGGCAAAAUGUUAGUACUAUAGUGUGCCAUGUGUUGUUUAAUGAAGCGUGUGCAAUUUCAUAGCGAAACAUCACCGUAAGCACUUGGACGCGAUCCCUACAAACGGAACGUAACGAACGCCAACGCCAACAACAGCGAACCCAGUAUCUGGUUGGUCGUCACAACCAAUUGGUGGCAAAUGGUGGGCCAAUCAUUGCAGGCUACGGUUUCUAUUGGUAAUACUUCUGCAAUUCGAUUGGACGCAGGGCGGGUAGUGCGGUUUGGUGAAGGGCCAGGUGUGUGUGCAUUCAUGCGGUUUUCCGAUCGUUGUGCUAUCUGUUUACAUAGUGCCAGCACGUAAGCAAAACCUUCCUCCAAAACACAGGUGCGAAGUGUUGUUCGGGACGGUGAAGCUGGAUGCUGGACCAGUGCCCUGUAAUGUUUUGUUACCCGGUAGCUUGGACGCGCAACAAUCAGUAGAACAAUGAUUUGCUGAACGAGCAGGAAUGCAUUAAAAAUACACGAACAAUUUACAAACAAUUCCACCCUGGAAAGCGAGGAAAUUCGCGCGCUAUUUUCGCAGCGUUGCUACUGUACAUUGGGUGUGUGUGUGUGAGUAUGUGUGCAUGUGUGUUUUAUGGAGUUUCAUAGCGUUGGUGAAAUGAAAACCUUUUUAAGAUGAACAUAGGAUACUUCGGGAAAAGGCUCAAAUACGAAUACCUGGACAUAAAUCGCAUUUGUUGUGUUCAGCAAGCUGCACUAGUCUGUUGAACUGAGCGUUUCGCAGAUCCUGCCGGUACACGCGCACACUGAUAGUAGACGUUUCCCAUUCGUCGAUUUUCCCCAUAGUGUAGCGAUUGGAUAAUAAUAGUAGCGAAUCCGAGCAACGUUUGCGUAUUGCGUCAGGUGCUAGGGUGUGAGUUACGGCCAAAGGGGUGGGGUGUGGUACGACCUGCUGCGGUAUGCUCGGUUCAUGAUAGCACCAUUCCUAGACUGGCGUACUAGAGAACUACCACCCGCAGCUAUACUGCUGCACGUAUACAACAACAACAACAACACCACUCCAUCCUUUACGACGCGCAUUGUCCUGUCGUAGAAGUAGGCCAACCCUAUCUUGCCUAUCGCAUGUGUGUGUGUGCCUUUGCCUAGGCAAUGGAUACGCCAAAGAAACCGCUGGUGGUUGCAGCGUCCUCCACCAUCGCCUCACCACUAACCGUGAUUACGACCUCCACCACAAACACGAUCACGUCCGCAGCCGAAACGGCUACCACCGGCGGCAAGGAAAAGCUGACCGAUUCCCAACGCAAUAUUCAAAAGUUUUGGCCUGCGGUACUGCGCGAGGUACAGCUGGUGGACAAUGUUGAGCCGGGCAAUCAGCUACUGCCGCUGGCACGCAUCAAAAAGAUCAUGAAGCUGGACGAGGACGUUAAGAUGAUAUCGUCCGACGCACCGCUACUGUUUGCGAAAGCGAUCGAAAUCUUCAUCCAGGAGCUGACGCUGCGGGCCUGGCUACAUACGGAGCACAACAAACGGCGAACGUUGCAGCGGAGUGAUAUCGCGAUGGCCAUCACCAAGUACGAUCAGUUCGAUUUUCUCAUAGACAUUGUGCCGCGCGAUGAAAUCAAGGUGUACAAAAAGGAGUUCGAGGGCAAGGUGGAGGGACAGAGCGGUGGCACUACCGCGGACAAUGGGGCUGGCAACAGCAGCAGUACAAACGGUUCCGAAGACAUGCAGUACUUCUUUCAGCUAUCGCAGCAACACCAGAAGGUAACGCUGCAGCAUGCGACUAAAGGGAGCAUAGGCGCUCUGACGAACGGUGGUACGGUGUUCGAUCUUGCCACGGUUAUUGGUGCGACCGGUAGCCAGCAGCUGCUUCAUGCGGCAACAGCCUCAACGAUGGCAACCACACAGCAGGAGAAAAUGUUGUCUACCGGCGGUGAGUCGCAAGCAGGUGUAAGCACCUCGGUAUCUUCCCUCCAGCAACAGCAACCAUCCUCGCAGACUACGAUACAAACGGCUACUGGACAAAGUAUAAUCCUCGCAAACGGUAGUGCGACGGCUGGUGGUGUACCAAAUGGUAGUAACACCUCAUCCAACCAACUCGUAUCUGCCAACCAAUCCCUGCAACUACUUCAACACGUAAUGACACCGACCGGUGAAAUAACGCAGAUACCUCUCAACUUCAUAAGGACGGCCGGAUCGGGCGGUACACCUAACACUGGUCAACCGAUUUUUAUACAAACAGCUCCAAUGCAGGCCGGUCCCACGAUAAUACACACCGGCCCAACUGGUGUCUUCCUAAGCGCCAAUCAACUUCAACAACUGCAGCAACAGCAGCAGCAGCAUCAGCAGCAACAAGCACAGCAACAGCAACAGAGUCACCACCAUCAUCAAACCCAACAUCAGCAUCAAUCACAGCUGCAAAACAACCAUCAACACCAAAGGGAUUAAGCGAUAUUGCGGAAUGGUGCAAAAACCGAUCGCACUACACCAGAUAGGUACAUCCUGAAGCUCGUGUCGGCUCAUUGUAUAUACCGGACAUGUAAAUGCAGACUGCGCGAAGGCCGUAUAUGACCAAAAAACAACAAUCAGAUGAAGUGCUACCAAAAUGAUUAUGAAAUCGCUGGUAGAUUACGAUUAUAGAUGUAGUGCUUAGCAGAGCAUUCAUCUUGGGAUCAAAUCCCUACUCUGAAGCAUGUGUCGUACGCGACUGGAAAAAGUAUAUAUUUUCGCAAACGGCAAAACCACUAAAAACCGGCCAAGGUUGAUAGGACAAACGUAUGACAUAGAAAACUAUAUAAUCGAUUUUUUUUUACUAUUUGUAAUAAGAUUUAAAAGCGGAGUACACGUUUGAAAGUAGUAUUUAAUUUAGUUUGAACUUGUUUUUUCAAGAUGUAUUAUUCUAUAGUUUUAUAAAUGUUUCUUCUGAUGAAUUCCUUUACAAAAGAAAAAUGAAUUCUCUACGGUGAAAAGUGACAUUUUUGUUCCAUGAUGUUUUGAUAUUCUGAACUUAUGUGAUGGUUUUGUGGUUUUUUUUUGGUCAACUAUUUCUGGUUUUCCAUUCGGUUUUCAUCUACCAUGCAGCUGGACAGUCAGUCUAGCAUGUUUCUGUAUGCUGGAACGAUCGAUGGUAUCACUUGUAUCAAUGUGACAGGCUGGUUUCUUUACAUACAAAGCAAUGUAAAUAGAUCGUAUUAAAGCAAGAAUUUUAACUACCACCUUGGCAUGUGUAAUGGAAGAAAUAAAUUCUACACUUAUCAAUGCGCAUUCGAUGUGGAAAUAGUAGGGCAGGGAAGAAUCCUUUAUCUAGAUACAUUCAAUCGAUAAAAGAUAACCAGAGAAAAUAGAAAAUAUAUCUAUAUGGUUGCAGUAAGAAGCGUUGCUUUCGUAUGCAGUGUACAAGAUCAGUUACUUGUGUUCAAAAUAACUGAGCUACGAUCGUAGCUCAACCUUUACUCAUCUUUUUGUAAAGGUUUUAAUGUUUGUUUUGCUCGGUUAGAACGGUCUCUCUGGCCGUAUCAAGACUUAUUUUACCACGUAGCAGGAUAGUCAGUCCAUGCUACAGGGAGACGCGGUCCGGAUGGGAUUUGAACCCAAGUCCUGCGUGUGGGUCAGCGCCAUUUAUCACAUACACCACAGGGCCGCCCCAAAGGUUUUAAUUUCCUUUGGCAAACAAGACAAAAAAACACAAGUUUAGUGCAACUUGAAUGUAAAAAAAAACAAAGAUUGUAAGAAAAAAGAUGUAAAUGUUAGGCCGAAGAUGUAAAUAAACUUUACGUUGUAACAGAUUA